AGACAUGGUCACAAAGCCCGCCGAAGAAGAGGAGGAUGAGAAAGAGGAUGACUACGAAAUGUAAUCAAAUUUCACUCCUGCUACUGCAGCUGACUUGUUUUUGUUUGCUGUCAAUCAUUCGUGUAUCAGCAAGUACACAUAUUCUUUGUAUUCAUCUGAUGCCAUUCGUUGGUUAUAAUACACACUCCUUGAAUGUACGCGCCAGAGCAAGCAAGUUGGUUGUCAGAAUCGUUCGUCUUUGGAAGGCUUGACAACCAACUUAUCGAUCGGAAACGCACCAGCCUCAACCAAAGUUACCUAGCGACACUACAACACGAGUCUCGGCAAGAUCGACCGUCAUCGGGAGUGUUGAUAUAUCUCGAGCGCUAUAACGAAUUCAGUUAGAAGCACCGGCUACUUUCAUGCUGUCCAGAGUUGACAAACCGC